ACAGUGAAUAAAUUAACUAUUUGAAGCGGCAUUACCAUCAAUAUUUGGACUAUACCGGCUGAGACGAUCUCAUGAACUGACACAGUAGGCUACUGGCAUUUAAUGUUUCUAUUCUUUUGAGUUUUCACCAUGACUGCUUUUGACUUCUCGGAUGUGGAGGCGUUUUUAGAUUGCCACCCGGAUCUCUUCGAGGAAUAUCUUAUCCGUAAAGGAAAAUGCGAUACAGUGAGCAGGUGGUUGAAGGAGCAUCAGCCAUCAAAAGUGUCCAUAGCUGAGGAGAAGCGCGGUGCUCCGAGGGACCCUCUCUGGACGUCUAACCCGGACGGACUUCGUCGCCGCUCGUCCCACAUGGAGCUCCGACGUAACUUUGCCAGGUCCAAAGCUAUGACCGCGCACAGAACCUACGACGAGCAUGUCAGUCUCAGUGAACACGAUUCCCAUUCCAGCAUGAGACGCCGUGCACUAUUGCGCAAAGCCAGCUCCUUGCCUCCGACCACUUCCCACAUUCUAAGCGCCCUGCUCGAGUCCAGGGUCAAUGUGCCCCAAUAUGCAUCCAGUGCCAUAGACUAUAAGUACAGACUUAAGGAGACCAAUGAAAGAGAGUUUUUCCUAGAGUUGGUUAAGGAUAUUUCCAAUGACUUGGAUAUGACCAAUUUGAGUUAUAAGAUACUGAUUAACGUGUGCAUCCUUGUGGAUGCAGACAGGUGUUCAUUAUUUCUUGUUGAGGGCCCCGCGCACAAGAGGACACUCGUGUCAAAGUUUUUCGAUGUUCACUCAGGCACCACCGUACGACCCUCCUCGAGCACUCUGAACUCGAACGAAGUCCAGGUGCCAUGGGGAAAGGGGAUAAUCGGAUAUGUGGCAGAGCACGGGGAGACAGUAAACAUCCCUAACGCGUAUGAGGACCAUCGUUUCAGUGAUGAGAUAGACAAGCUGACAGGCUACAAGACCCAGUCCAUCUUGUGCAUGACCAUUUGUAACAGUGAUGGGGAGGUCAUAGGUGUGGUGCAGGCCAUCAACAAAAACCCCAUUGGCACUCCUUUCACUGAGGAUGAUGAGAAGGUGUUGCAAAUGUAUCUACCAUUCUGCGGAAUAUCGAUCUCCAAUGCUAAGUUGUUUUCAGAGUCUCGGAAGGAGUAUGAGAGGAGCAGGGCUCUGCUGGAGGUGGUGAACGACCUGUUUGAGGAGCAGACAGACCUGGAGAAGAUUGUGAGGAAGAUCAUGCAGAGAGCUCUGACCCUCCUCCAGUGCGAGCGCUGCUCUGUGCUGUUGCUGGAGGACAUCCACUCGCCUGUGGUGAAGUUCUCUAAAACCUUUGAGCUCAUGUCUCCUUUGUGCAAUAUGGACCGCAAAAUCAGCAUGGAGAAGCUGUCCUGUUCUGAUUGGCUCAUCAAUAACAGCAUAGCUGAGUUGGUGGCAUCCACAGGACUGCCUGUCAACAUCAGUGACGUGUGUCAGGACCCUCGUUUUGAUGCCGAGGCGGAUCAGGCCUCGGGGUUCCACAUCAGAUCAGUGUUGUGUGUCCCCAUUUGGAAUCGAACUCACCAGAUAAUUGGGGUUGCACAGAUUCUUAAUCGCCUAGACAGGAAGACGUUCAACGAUGCAGACCAACGACUUUUUGAGGCAUUUGUAAUUUUCUGUGGGCUGGGCAUCAACAAUACCAUGAUGUAUAACCAGGUGAAGAAGACAUGGGCCAAGCAAUCUGUUGCCCUGGAUAUGCUGUCCUACCACGCCACUUGCUCCAAGGUUGAGGUGGACAGACUCAAGGCUGCCAAGAUCCCCCUGAGCAGCGAGUUGGGAAUAGAUGAGUUCCACUUUAAUGACUUCUCCCUGGACAACGAUGCCAUGAUAACCGCCUCACUUCGGAUGUUCCUGGAACUGGGAGCCGUCCAGAAGUUCAAAAUCGACUAUGAUGUCCUGUGUCGCUGGCUCCUGACUGUGAGGAAGAACUACCGCACUGUGGCCUACCAUAACUGGAGACAUGCCUUCAACGUAUCCCAGUGCAUGUUUGUCAUGAUCACCACAGCCGGUUUCCAGGACGUUCUGUCAGACGCUGAGACCCUGGCACUGAUGGUGGGCUGCCUCUGCCAUGACUUAGACCACCGCGGCACUAACAACGCCUUCCAGGCCAAGACAGGCUCUGCUUUGGCACUGCUUUACGGGACCUCAGCCACUUUGGAGCAUCACCACUUUAACCACGCUGUCAUGAUCCUGCAGAGCGAGGGUCACAACAUAUUUGCCAACCUCUGCUCCAAAGAGUACAGUAGCAUGAUGCAGCUGCUGAAACAGGCAAUCCUCUCCACAGACCUCACCCUGCACUUCCAACGCAGGACCAAGUUCUUCGACUGUGUGCUGUCAGGAGAGUUCAGCUGGACUGAUGAGGCACACAGAGAGUUUCUGAGGUCUAUGCUGAUGACAGCGUGCGACUUGGGUGCAGUGACUCGCCCUUGGGAGAUAUCCAAACAGGUUGCAGAGUUGGUGACCAGUGAGUUUUUUGAACAAGGUGACCGGGAGCGUUCUGAGCUCAAACUGACUCCAGCGGCCAUUUUUGACCGCAAUCGGAAAGAUGAGCUUCCUGCUCUGCAACUGGAGUGGAUAGAUGGGAUAUGCAAGCCCCUUUAUCAGGCCCUGGUGAAACUCAACAGGAAGCUGCAGCCCAUGGUGGAUGGUGUAGACGCCAACCGAAGAAAGUGGGAGGAGCUCUGCUCAUCCAAUCAGCAGACACGCACAGCGUCAGAAUCUAAUCAGAGUCCUGAAGCCAGCCCAAACCCUGAGCCAGGACAAAGAGGAGAAACCAAUCAGGUUUCAGAGUUUAACCAUAACCAAGAGCAUGAAGAACCCCCUGAAUUUGGAUCCAAUACAGAAUCAGAUCAGGAUCUUAAGUGCGAGGCCGCUUCUGUGUCAGAGGGGAAUGGGAGGUGUGGUCAGCCUUCUCAGCAGCAGAAAGCGGAGGUAUGA